AUGAAUGAAUUACCUGGCUCUGUUGGCACAUGUGUCAGCUUCAGUUUGAGGUUAGGCCAGACUUUGUUCUCAUCUGCUUCUCUUCUCUUUAUGUCUUUGGGUGUUGAAUUCUACAGCUACACAGCUUUCUGCUAUUUGGUGACAAUCAUGGGUCUGGUUAUACCUUGGAGUUUCACAUUAGCUUUGGUAGAUGGAUACUCCGUAAUUGUUAAAUGCCCGAUUCGUCAACCAGGAAUAUUACUGAUUAUCGUUGUGGGAGAUUGGGUUUUAUCAACACUCACACUAGCAGCAGCUUCCUCAACAGCUAGUGUUGUAGAUCUCCUGCUUAAUUCCCAAGGAUCUUUUUGUCCUAUAAAGCUUUGCUGCAGGUACAAGAUAUCAGCAGCUUUGGCUUUUGUGUCAUGGUUUCUGUCCUUGGCAUCCUCUCUUUUUAACCUCUAUCUGUUACCCUCUUUGUGA